AUGUCCAGGAGAGAUUUGCCUUUCCAAUAUGACAUUGGACGAAGAAGGAAUUACGAAGGGCGUGGCCGUGAAGUGCAAAUUGAGAACAUCAAAGCAUAUGUUUGUCAACCUGCUUCUGAUACAAGCAAAGCUGUGAUUUUGAUUCAUGAUAUAUAUGGAUGGCAAUUCCCAGACACCAGAUUUGUUGCUGAUAUAGUUGCUUCUAAUGGAUACACAACCAUCUGCCCAGACUUUUUCUUGGGAAAGAAACCUUGGACAUCUAAUGAUCAUUGGCAGAAUUUUGGGGACUGGUUAAAGGAUCGAGAUCCCAUGAAAGUGGACAAGACAGUUGAUAUUGUCUUGAAACAUUUAAGGGAGAAUUAUAAUGCAAUCAAGAUUGGUAUCGUUGGGUUUUCCUGGGGUGGAAUGGCUGUACAUCACUUGAUGCUAACAAAUCCUGAAUUAAAGGCUGGUGUCUCCCUCUGCGGAAUUAUUAGAGAUUCUGAAGUUAGGUAUAAUUUACUAAAUCCCACCUUUUUCAUUUUUGGUGAGAAAGAUCACACCAUUUCUCUUGAACAGGUCUCUUUACUGGAGGAAAAACUUACAAAAUAUUGUAAAGUAAACUAUCAAGUUAAAGUAUAUCCUGGACAAGUUCAUGGCUUUGCUCAGUGUAAGCCUGAAGACAUGAAGCCUGAAGAUAAGCCAUACAUAGAAGAAGCAAGAAUGGAUUUAAUAGAGUGGCUGAAUAGAUACAUUAUGUCUUGAAGCAACAUAUCCCAUUUUAUUCCUUUAACCUCAACAACAGAAUGUC